AUCGCCCGAUAUAUUGCCGGUCCACCCAUCUCCUUCCUUCUUCCUUCCUCUCCAACCCCUUUCUUCCCCGCCCGUACCAUGUUCGUCAUCAAGGCGACGCUCAAAGACGAGACAAGGCGUCUCACCUUUGACACAAGCCACUUCCCAAGAUACUAUGAAGUACAGCAAAAGCUGAGAACCAUUUUCAAUCUGCCAUCGACAUGUCAUCCUUUCUGGGUCAAUGUCCUGCUCUUCCCGGAUGAUUCUCGGGAUGCAAGGAUAAUGUUCAAGAAGCACGUCUGCGAUGCUGAAGAAUAUGAGUCCGCCCAAGCACCCUUCUUGCACAUUAUCGGCAUCUCCCCAGCUUUAAAGUUUACAAUCUUGCUCACGUCCGACCCAAGGCUUGACUCUAUCCACGGCUACCACCGUGCGAACAAGCUUCUUUCGUCUGCUAAUCAUCUCAACAUUCGCUUGGCCAAUCUUGAAGAGCGACUCGGCGAAGAAAGCGCUCUGCUCAAUUCACUCGAGGACAAGGCGAAUGAGCGUGUCAAGGACGGUGACGACCUUGCCAAUGCCUUUUGGACUUCCCGUGCUGACGAAAAGCGUGCGUCUAUCAAAGAGCUCCAGAACGCUGUAGACGCGUGCAAGGAGCAGCUCAAGUCUCUCAACGAGCAGCUCGACGGUGGCCUCCCCGAAAACUACACACACCAGACCUUGCGCGAUUACGCCGCUUUUGAAAACAGGGAGGAAGCCGUACGAGCUCAACAAACGGAAGACGAACUUUCCGCCUGGAGAACCUCGCAGGAAAUGGACCGUCCUCCCUUCCCUCCUCUGGAGUCCAUCAUCCAUAACUCUGGCUGGGGUCAGACUCGUGGAUGGCCAUACCACCACCCUGGCGUCCAUGCGCGAGCGAUGCCGCCUCUUCCUCCCGCUGCCUUUGGCCCCAACCGGUUCCCCGUUCCUCCCCACCCCGCCAUGUUCAGCUCUCCUUUCCCUCCAUCUCCCCCUCAUGCACAGCCGCCACCACCGCCCGGCCAUAUGCACACCCACGGGAGAGGCCAUCACCAUGACAGGAGGUUGAGGAGUGUGCUCGAUAGCGUUUCUGAGAUGCUCAAUCCCAACAACCCUAACGGAUUCGUUCCCGCCCACGAGAUCAAAUCCAUGCUUGACGGAUUCUUGCUAAACCUCACUAAUCAGCUUGCUGCCACCUUUGAGGGCUCGACCCGGAUGUCCAGUCCGGCUGACGAAAACGAGCCCCGAGUACCUGGCGCAUUCGUCGAAACUCAGUCUGCUCAGUCUGUUCAAUCUGCUCAGUCCGCUCAGUCCGCUCAGUCUGCUCAGUCUGCUCAGUCUGACGCUCAGAUCCAGACCCAGCCAGAGACCGUUGUAGCCCCAGCGAGCAAGCUCGGCAAAGGAGGAUUCCGUCACCGCCAUAUCUGGUGCGACGGUUGCGAAAAGGAGAUCCGAGGCAUGCGCUACAAGUGUGAACACUGCCCCGACUAUGAUCUCUGUGGCUCUUGCCUUCCCCUCCUCAACACUUCAGCCCUGCACCCGACGUCGCAUACUUUCAAGGCCAUGCUCCACCGUGACUUGAAGGAGCGUAUCAACCUCUCGGACGAGUUUAGCGUCCACAACGCCACAUGUGAUGUUUGCCAGUUGCACAUUGCAGGCGUACGUUGGAAGUGUCUCAAUUGUCCUGAUUGGGAUGCCUGUAGUUCUUGCGCGGCCGGUCUCGACCAGUCCCACCCGGGCCACAGUUUCGUCAAGCUUUACAGGUCCAGUGAUUAUGUGGUGAGCGCUGCUUUGGAGGAGAAGGAAGCAAUUGCCCAUCCUCAUGUAACAUGUGAUGGUUGCAACACUCGAAUCUACGGUACACGUUACAAGUGUAUGCACCCUUCGUGCCCCGACUAUGACCUCUGCGAAAACUGUGAGGCCGCACCCAACACUAUCCACCCAAACAACCACCCAAUGCUCAAGAUCAAGACGCCUCUCCGCGUCAAUUUCAAGUCUUCGUACUCUCAGAAAUCCCGCUCUUUCCGCGGUCCCGGUUUUGGCUUUGGCGUUGCCGAGGCUGCCGAUCAGGAUAAACUGACUGGGGAGUUGUCAGUCAGGCCAUCCCGUCACGGCCACCAUCACCACCACCGAAACAAACAGGACAAGGCGGCGCAUGCGCAUGGUGACGCGUUUGGUAAGAGGAAAGGUGGCGGUUGGUGUCAGCACAAGGAGGCUUCACCUUCGCCUGCUUUGGCCAAGUAUGUCAGCGAGAUUUUCAUCCCUGCGAAUGAGGUCGAGGACGUGCAGGACGUGCAGCAGGCGCAGCAGGCGCAGCAGGUGAAGGGUAAAGGUAAAGAAAAGGAAAUGGAGAGUGAGCCGGUGACUCCCAAGGCGGAGAACAAGGAGUUCAUCUUACCAGCCAGUGCUGCCGCCGCAUCUGCAGAGGCAACCCCGGUCUCCAUCGCGGACGACCCUGCCCCUGCCCCUGCUGACAAGAGUAGCCCACCGGCCAAGGAGCCCGUCGGGCCCCUCGACAUCUUUUCUUUCGUGCGACACGUGACUAUCCCCCCUGGGACUAGUCUUCCCGCCGGCACGGUUUUCACAAAGAUCUGGAAGUACACGCAUUUUGCCUCGGGCAGCGAAUACCCAUUCUCCACCGUCCGACUUGUGCGCCAGACCGACGACGACGGUAGCCUCGGCGGUAUCCAGAUCGAGGGCUCAGAGGUCAAGGUAGAGUUCAAGGUCGAUGAUGUGAAGGAGGGCGAGGAAGGUGAAGUGAGGAUUGAGGGAUUAAAGGUUCCCGACAAAAAGGGUGAAGAGGUUCGAGAGGCGUGGAGAUUUGUCGAUGAAAAUGGUGUCGAGUACGGCCAGCCGUUCCGUCUUAGGAUUACCGUGAGCGAAGACUUGGUUCAGAGCAAGAACUUGAGCGCUUCCAGCUUGUUGAUGCCUCUAUCUGACCACCACAAUCCUACUACUCCCGGCUCGUCGGGCUACGUUUCUGCUUAUUCCAGAGACGGUAAGCAAGGUGACGGUGAAGCUGCGCCCUGCGGUACUCUUAUCUACCACUAUGCCCAACAAGUUCAACAAACGAAGCCAGAAGCGUCUCCUUCUGUCACGCCUUGUGCAGCAUCCACCACUGCCUCCUCUUAUGCCUCCCCGCUUUCCGGCAUCACGUCCCUCCCUUCCACUGCUACUGCCGAUGACGAUGACGAUGAUGACGACAAUCUGUCCAUCAUCUCGUACAACUCGUAUGUUGACGUGGACGGUGUGCGAACAAGCACGACUGCCUCGUCUUCCUCCGUGGCUGGGGCGCGCCGGGAAGAGGAAGAAGGUGAAGAGGUCCAACUUGGUAGUGAGGACGACUAUGAGGUUGUGGAGGGUAGCGAAGACGACUCGACUGCUGAUGAGCUUUGAGCACUAUCAUCAACAGUUUCAUCUUUGUUUUUCGUCUGAUCUUUGUUAUUAUUUAUUUUCUUUUUUCGUUCCUACCACUCUCCACUCUGUUGAUUCGUAACCUACCAUCUAGCUUGUAUUAUGCUCGAACCUGCUUGUGUGUUUUGAUUUGAUAGGUGUUUGUUGGUGAAAAAAGGGGGGCGAGGCCGAGUAUGUAGUUUUAUGACUUUUGAAUGUAAUUGUUUUAUUGUUUCCCGC